UUCCUUCCUCCUUCCUUGUCGUCCCCCUCCCUGGCUCCUCGCCGAGCCAAUUAAUGCAUUACCGAGGGACGGAUAGACCCAUGUGACUGACCGGCCGGGCGGAGAGAAAUGGCCGCCCCCGAUUAGCGGCGGCCUACCCGGGCCCAGCGGCAGCGGCGGCUCUGCUUGUGAGUUUGUCGCUGCCGGGCCCGGGCCGGCAAGGCCGCCACUCCAUGGGGAGGCCGGGCAGCCCCCCUCAGGCCGAGAGUCGCUGCCCGCUGUGGGCGCUGCCGGAAGAACUGCUGCUGCUCAUCUGCUCGUACCUGGACGCGCGGGCCUUGGGCCGCCUGGGCCAGACCUGCCGCCGCCUUUGCCGCUUCACCUCCCGGGACGUACUCUGGAGGCGCCUCGCCCGUUCCUGCCUCAACGCAGGCUUCAGCGCACUCGGCGCCGACCUAGUGGCUGGUAUCCCAGUGAAGGAGAGAGUCAAGGUUUCUCAGAACUGGAGGCAUGGACGUUGUCGAAGAAAGCUAUUCCUUAGAUGGAAGCUCAAUUUAAUGCCCUGGAUGCAGCUAGAUGAUGACUACCUCUACCUAUCCCAGGCAGAAGACAUACAGGUUUAUUGGCUCCGCCCCAAUGGCAUCAGCUUGAAACGCUGUCCUCAGGCAGUCUUCUCUGGCCACCAGGAGGACGUGUGCCGCUUUGUGCUUGCUAAUGGCCACAUUGUCAGUGGAGGAGGAGAUGGCAAUAUUGUCCUCCAUAAGCUGAACAGCUCCUUCAGCUUCAAGUUCUUAGCACAUGAACAGGAAGUGAACUGUGUGGACUGUCAGGGAGGCGUCAUUGUGAGUGGUUCCAGGGACAAAACGGCAAAGAUUUGGUCCCUUUCACCAGGCAGAGCUGGGCAGUGUCUACACACCAUUCAGACUGAAGACCGGGUCUGGUCCAUUGCCAUUAGUCCAUUAUCAAGUUCAUUUGUAACGGGAACAGCGUGCUGCGCACACACUUCACCUUUGAGAAUCUGGGACUUGGGAAGUGGGCAGCUGGUCACCUGCCUUGGGACAGACUUCCAUAGAGGAGCUGGAGUCUUGGAUGUUUUCUAUGAAACACCUUUCACUUUACUCUCUUGUGGCUAUGAUACCUAUAUCCGGUACUGGGACUUAAGGACAAGCACAAGGGAUUGUGUCAAGAAAUGGGAAGAGCCACAUGACAGUGCUCUGUACUGCCUAAGGAGCAAUGGAAACCAUAUGAUCGCAAGUGGCUCAUCUUAUUAUGGUGUGGUCCGUCUUUGGGAUAAACGGCAAAACAGGUGCUUGCAGGUGAGGCAGCGGCACUACAUUACUGAAAAGCUUCUCCUUGUCAUCACCCAUCAGCAGUCCUGUGUACUGUCUACGCUUCAGCACCACCCAUCUGUAUGCUACCUUGGCAUCUGCACUGCACGUUCUUGAUUUCACCACUUCGUGAUGCAGCCAAGGACUGGCUUGGGGAUCUGAUAACCAGCUCAGGGAGCACCAAGGGGAGAGAAUGCCCUUGAGACAUAAGCAGCCUGGAAGUUUCCAACUAAGUGCUAAGGAGAACCCCAGGUAGGGUAGUUCGCCUACCUUCUGGUUUCAAUAAAGACUAAUGUCUCCUAA